AUGGGGCAGUGUCUGAGACACCCCAUGCAAUGGGAUGACCUGGAAGAGUACCAGGCACUGACUUUCCUGACCAAAAAGGAGAUCCUGUGCAUCCACGACACCUUCCUGAAGCUCUGUCCCUCCGGCAAGUGCUAUAAGGACGUGACAUUGACCAUGGACCAGGUCAGCUCCCUGCCAGCCCUCAGGGUCAACCCUUUCAGAGACCGUAUCUGCAAGGUUUUCUCCCACAAUGGCCUGUUCUCCUUUGAGGAUGUGCUGGGCAUGGCGUCUGUGUUCAGUGAGCAGGCCUGCCCCAGCCUGAAGAUCGAGUAUGCCUUUCGCAUCUAUGAUCUCAAUGAGAAUGGCUUCAUUGACGAGGAGGACCUGCGGGGGAUCAUCCUCCGGCUGCUCAACAGCGAGGAUGUGUCCGAGGACCUGCUCUCCGGCAUCACCAGCCACGUCCUGAGUGAGUGUGUCCUGGAUGAGGAAGACAAGUUGUCAUUCUCUGAGUUCGAACUCGCCAUGGCCAAGUCUCCAGACUUUCUGAGAUCCUUUCGGAUCCACUUUUGGGGUUACUGA